UAAGAGAAAGAAGAGGAGAAACAAAGUAAGGAAAUAAAAGAGAAUUUACGAUAGAAAUAAAUCGAGUGGUGUAGUACGUUUUCGGGGUACGUGCGCUAGCCGUGGCCGCGAGUGCAGCGGUGUGACGUGACAGUGUACCUGAAGCAGUGAUCGGGGAAGGUCGUGCGUCCUACGUCUCUUUAAGAAUAUUCCUCGAGAGGAUAACAACGUCUAGGAUACGUGAGGAACCCAUCGCGAAUCAAUCGUUGUUGUGUCUGAGCCAAAAAUUGGAUUCGUUAGUUCGUUCGUGUAUAUCGUAUGAAAACAAGAGAGAACAGGAUCAUCGACGAUCCUGGACAACGUCGAUGAUCGUCAUGCGUUCUCGAUCGCAGCCCUCGGUCGAGGGUUGAAAAACCGAACUCGAGCGAAAACACGAUCUCAGGAUUGCGAUUUUCUCUUUGCUGUCGCGCGCGCGCGCGCCCACAACGGUGUGUCGGUCGUCGUGGGAAUUAAAAAGCGAGUUCGACGAUAAAUUUAUCUUUUCACGACGACGAGCUGGUCCCCCUCAGGAGGACCGACCGUGUACCACGUCAUCGAGCUCAAAAUAGAGAACAAUGGAUGGUUCAGCGAAUAAUAACAAACGAUAGGAAGACAGAUAAAAUAAAAUAGAAAUGAAUGAUAUUGAAAGGAUAAAAUAGAAUAGCAUGGAAUAUAUUUAGAAUAUAUAAUUAAGAAAUAUGAUAAAUGAUAAUGAAAGGAAAUAAUUGAAAUAUAAAGAAAUAUACAAAAAUGUAGAAUAAAUAGAAGAUGGAGUAAUAAGAAAAAUUGAUAUAUGAAGCAACAUUUUUGAGAACAUAUGGAGAAAAAUAUAAAAAUUAAAAUAAAGGAUAACAAAAGACUGAAAGACAAAAAGAUAAAUAGAUAGAUAAAGAUAAAGAUAGAUAGAGAGAGAGAGAGAGAGAGAGAGAGAGAGAGAGAGAAAGCUAAUAUCAGAUGCAGUUAUACAACUCCCACUUGUGUGUGUGUGUGUGUAUGUAUAUGUGUAAUUAUAGCGAAACGUGUAAUAAAGCGUAAAAUUAAAUUCCAACUCGUUUGGCCCACUUUUGUCCUCUUCUUCUCUCUCUUUCUCUCUCUCUCUCUCUCUCUCUCUCUCUCUCUCUCUCUCUCUCUUUUCCUCCCUUUUCUCUGCAUUUCGAUUUUUACGUCCACAAAAUUGUGAAUAUUUGCCAAAUAUUACUUGCGCUAGAACCACGUGAACGCAACUGAUAUUACUUCAGGAUUCUUAAUUGAAAGUUCGAAAGAGCCGUCAGUGCAAUUACAAUCAGACAAAUCGCAUUUAGGAAUGCGUUACGAACGAAAAAGCUUCGAGGUUCGAGCGUCGAAAGGUCACGCUCGUCCGUGGAUACAUGGAUACAUAGCUUAUGACGUCAUUACAACCGAGGAUUUUACUAGCAUACAUCCCCGCACUAGAAAUGUCAAAAUGAAAGCUUUUAAACGAGAAACUUGGAAAUAUUCCUCGCAAAGCAAUUCCCUUCAAAAUGUAUACAUUUAUUUCGUUACCCUUGGAAUAAUUGUAAACUAAAAAUUGCCACGAGUUCUGACGAAAGAAGAAAACAAAACAAAACGAAACAAAACAAAAAGAAAAGAAAGAAACGGAAAGGAAAAACGAAAAACAACAAACAGGAAAAAGAAAGCCCUAUUGUCUCGGCUCGAAAUUAGAUUUUUUUUUUCUAUUUUUUUUUUUUUUUUUUUUUUUUCGGCAAAACUAAAACGCACGUACCAAACAUUGACGAUCAAUCAUGAAAGAAAACUUCUCACUUGAUGAUCACUAAAGGUUAAAGUCGUACGCAUAAAAGAACGAUCGAGUAUGUUUUUACGUGUAUGUCAGUUAGACGCACGUGCUGGUUCCUUUGCCGUACGUUCAAUGGACGAGAAUUGUGUGUGGCUUGAGAAGAUGGAAUGAAACUAAAAGAAUAAAAAAAAAAAAAAAAAAAAAAAAAAAAAAAAAAGAAAGAAAGAACCAGAAAGAGAGAUAGGAGGGAAGGAAGAGAAAAAGAUAGUCCUUCCAAGAUGGGAAUUAUAAGAAGGGGAAAAGAUCCUCAUGGCGAUGAGAGGGGACGGGGAUGGAGGCGGAGAAGGAGGACUCGGAACCUCGCAAGAAUGCGGGACCGGCUAUCGUGGUACAUGGUCUUCUUGAUCCUGCCGACAAUCCUCCUGGCCAGGUCGCUCGACAAAGGUCUUUUCCUUUCAGAUCGGCGUAUACCUUACAACAUACCAUCAGACUGGAGAGCAUUGUGGCUGAGCAAUUUAGAUGAACUACAAAGAAUCAACGAUGCAAACGACAACAACACCGUUUCGAACGUCACAGUACAAUUGGGUGGCACGGCUUUCUUGCACUGCAAAGUUCGCAAUUUGGCAGACAGAACCGUCUCGGAUGCCGAGUUAACGAUCAUGUUACAGAUCUCGUGGAUCCGUCGUCGUGACUUCCAUGUCCUAACGAGUUCAACGUUCACGUACACGAACGACGAGCGGUUUCAAGUGUUACACGCCGAAGGUUCGGACGAUUGGACUCUUCAAAUCAAAUACGUCCAAGAAAGAGACAAUGGGACCUACGAGUGUCAAGUCUCGAGGAGUACAGGGAUACUGUCACACUUCGUCAAUCUAAACAUAGUGAUACCAGAGGCAUUUAUAUUAGGAAGCGACGAGCAUCACGUCGACGUAGGGUCCAUCAUAAAUCUCGUAUGCAUAAUAGAAAAGGACUUUAUAACGGCGAUUCCGACGUGGCGUAGAAUUUGCAUACACAAUGGAGAAUCCCAGGGGAUGAGAAGGAGGGCCGAGGAACAAUCGAUGAGAACGGUCGAGCUUAUGCUAUCUCUCCCUCGAAGCUUAAACCGCGAAAAUUUGGCGCGGUGAAUGCAUUUUCGAAAAUGCCAGUAAUCUACUACCGCAUACGGAAAUUCUGUACGCUCUGAUGGCCGCAUAAACGCGAAGAACGAACCAUGGACUAUUCGUUAUCCAAACGAUUUCUGCGGGAAUACGGAGUACGAUCGUUUGAUGUUAGCCUUUCAUACGUAUUAAAUUCAUACGAUAUGUAUACAUAUGUCAUAUCGGUAAUAAAAUAUACAUUAAAUAUUGUUUAUCGUUGUACCAUUUUAUCGAAAUUUUGGAAAAAAGAAGAAAGAAAAAAAAGAAAAACAAAAAAAAAAAAGAGUCAUAAAUAUUUCUAACGAGGUAGAAGAAAAUUACUGACAAAUGUUUGGUCCAAACAUUAUAUCUUAGGGGGCGCUUAUUAAUUUUGCAAUUUACGUAGGAACGAUAGACGGACGUAGUACGAAACGAUAGCUCCAAUUUCCUAUCGGCCAUAAAUUCUUUAAAAUCUAUACAUUAUUACCAAGAGGAGAUACAGGAAAAAGCUAUUUAAUUAAAUGAAUGAACAUCGGUAGUGCAGGUAUAUAUAUAUAUAUAUAAAAAAACAAAAAAUUAUUAAUGUUCUAUUAUUUUUCCAUUGUUCAUUUAAUAAUUACGUCCCACAAAAUGUUCGAUCCAAAGAAGAAACUUAUUUGUCAAUUAACAAAAGAAACGCUUGUCGAUAUGUAUAUUAAAUAAAUAGAAAAAUAAAUCGAUAAAUUUCAUCGAGAAUGAAAUACUUCAAGUACGUCGCCGUCAUCGUCGUAGUUUUCGUCGCUGAGAGAAGAACGGUAAGCUCUUAAUCCUUUAGCUCGAGUUUUUCGCUUUACCUACGUUUCGUUGGAUUUUCUCGCGUCAAGCUAUCUGAGAGUUUAAUACUUUUGAGCUUGAAAUACGCAACGAAAUAUUUCCCUCCCCCCUCCCCCAACUGGCAAUGAUAAUGCGCAUGGACAUAAGAUUAAUAAAUUAAUCUUCAACUAAUUUGUGUGAAGUAAUCAGAAUAUCCGUAAAGAUAUAGAAUAAUAGAAAUAUAAAAGGAAACAUUCACGUCUCUCGAGAAUUAACGUUAAACAGCCCGUCAUCCAUCAAAUGAAAUAUAAUCGCCUGUUCAUGAGUUUCAUCGGUCAAAGAAGUUAUCUCGGGUCCAAUCCUAAUUGAAAAUUCAGAGGGGAAGAAUUCUCGCUUGGUCUCGAGAAAUUGUCCGACCGUUCAGGAAAAUAAUUUUUCUCGUGGAUUCGUUAAACGAGUUUCGCUUAAGUACACGAGAGCUUGGCAGAUUAAUAGAAGGAGAGGAACGAGAAAGAGAGAGAAUGAGCGACACAAAACGUUCGUCAACGUCGAAAGUAAUAGUCCCUGUUCGAAGGCCAUUCUCUUUCUAUAACCGAAACUGAUAACGACUCUCUAACGUCGUUAGAAAGUGUACUUCCAACAAAGCCUACCUUUAAUAUCCAACCGCUCGAGCUUAAAUUCAAUAUUCCAAUUGCUAAAAUCACUAGAGUCUCUUUUAAGCCUGACAAUGAAUACCCUAAUCGCUACUUACGUACCAUGUCGAUCGUUUCAACGAACGACUUUCUUCGUUCUUAUCGGUGAACAGUUUUCAAGAUCGUAAAAUGUUAAAUGAAAAAUAAAAUCUCUACGUACAGAAAAACAAAUUUUGUCGAAUUAAUUAAAUCAACAAUCAAUCGAUUCUAACAUUUUCUACAAAAAAAAACAUACGAAUAUUAACGCGUUUGUUUUCGUGUGUACGCUUGUGCGAGUAUUUGAUGAUGAAAAAGAUUUUCACGAAAUUAAAAAUCUUUCAAAGAAUAUAAACGUUAUAAUAACAAUAAUAAAAGCGUUCUACUUUUUUUUUUCUAUUAUUCGAAUAUAAUCUUCUACUAUGUAUAUUCUUACUGGGUAAAAAAGAAAAUAGAAAAAGAAUGAUUCAUGGUAUGUAGAUAGAUAAACACGAGAGAUAAAGAAUAUUGACGAUAGAAAAAUGAAAUUUAUGGAGGAUAAAAAGCUUUAGUGAAUUCAGGCAAUAAGUUAUAUAUAAGAGGUAAAUUCGGUAAGACGAAUACGAAGCAUAAGCUUCAGCGGUAAUGAACCGCAGCUUGAUUAAACCACGAUUUGAUCGCGUCAUACGAAAUUAUGAUAGACCCAAUUAAACUUUCAGUAAAAUUCUCAUUACACAUUGCGGUGCAGAAGCAGGAGCUCGUAUAGUUGCCAUUGCAUUUCAUGAAAGAGAGAUAAAAAGAGAAAGAUAACUUGCUCGUUUUUCUCGUUAAUAAUAUCGACCGGUCGGUCUCGUUUGCACGAGAAAAAAGUAUACCUUACAACAAAUUUUUGCUAACUCUACCAACGCGUAGAUAUCAAUUCGAAAUACGAGGUAUCCUUUAAUCCUUAUAAAUAAAAAAAAAUAAACGUACAUUAACGAUCAUUAAUUCCUUUUCCAUAAUAAUCACGAAUUUUUCUUUCCUUAUAUUAUAUAAUUUUUCUGAUCUAUAUCAAUAUAUUUUAUGAUAACAAUAGUUUUCUCAUCUCUGUGAUUUUAUUUUAUGAAUAUUGCAAAUUCUUAAUGUUUAAAAUUUCUCAAAUAAUUAUAUUUAUUAUUCUAUGAUAAUUUGACGUAAUGAAUAUCUGAAUUAAAUAUCACUCAUCACUUUUGACGAAUUACUUUAAUUAUUUAUAAAUACUUAUGACAAUGAAAAAACUUUUGAUAUUAUUAGUUUGCUCCUUACUUUUAGAUAGAUAUCAUUGGUUUGUCACAUUUCCACACAAAGUACUGUUAUACAAUGAUAAGCACGGAUGGAUAACGUAUGACUGAUGGAAAGAGAAACUCGGUCAAAUGGAAAAAGUACCAACGCCAUUAAUGACCGCAGGUGUACAAAGUAGCCUUCGAGUUUUUCUUAAGUUAAAAAGGACAAAAACUCACUGGGAGUUUCAUUUCUCUUUUCAACUAGGAAAAGAGAAAACUAACUAUAUGAAUAAUAUCGACGAUGACAAGAAGGAAGAUGAUCUUUUAAUAAUAAUCGCUUUUAAUCGUUUCUUCGAAGCGAGCAAACUGAGAAUUCCCUCAAGGCGAUGUCGAACUUUCAAAUUGAUUCUAAAUUAUGCGAUUAAAAUUUCAAAUUACCGAAGCUCACGGCCUCCGUCAUGGUUGUAUUAUCAUUCGAGAUGUUACUUAAAAAUUCCACGGUAGAAAAGCGGUAAGUUAAUUACAAAUAAGAGUACAAGCCUGUCCAAUCCGGUGCUUCUCUCCCAAGAGAAAUACAAGUUCUUCAAAUUUUCAUGAUAGAUAGCGUUAACUAUAAAAUAUCGAUCGUAUUAAGGGAAUAGUAAGAAAAACAAACAAAAAAAAAAAAAAAGAAAAAAAACGAGAUCGUUUUUGUCUCCUCCGCGAAAGUUCUCCGCUAGAAAAAGAAAAAAAGAAAAAAAAAAGAAAAAAAAGAAAAAGAAAAUAGAUAAAAAAAAGAGAAAAACAACGAAUCUUUCGUUCUUUCUUUAAGAAAUCAAAAACUUCAAAACGAACCAACGUUCGAUCUUUUAGGAAAGGGACUUGGAAAUAUUAUGAGACAGAUAUGAUAGUCGAUGUUGUCCUUUAAGAAGGAUCACGAUAUCCGGUUACUAUUCAGGAAAUAGUACUCGUUCUUCAUAAGUCUCAGGGUCCAUGCAUGCAAGGACAUAGCCGUUCGUUUUUCAGAAGCUGAUCCUCGGAGUCAGGAGUAAUAGCAGCUUUAAAGCCGAGAUAGCGUUUGAACUUUCGGCUAAGUCAGCCCUGGCAACAGAAAGUCUUCGAUAUGAACUCACUCACUCUCUCUCUCUCUCUCUCUCUCUCUCUCUCUCUCUCUCUCUCUCUUUCUCCGAAUACUCCUCUCUAACCCUCUCAACCAUUCUCUUCCAUCGUCGAACUCUCCUAAGCUCGCUUCAGGAACGAUGGAUGGUCCGAAGAAAAAUCGAACGAAUCGAGGAAGUAGGGGAUAAAUUCCUUUUCUUUUCUAAUAAUCCGAAGAAAGAACGACCGUAAGAAGCGAGGAGGACUAAUCUGGUGGACGACGACGACGACGACGACAACGAGGACGAAGAAGACAACGACAACGACUCACGGCUUUCAAUCGGUCUUCCAACGUCCCAACGACGGAACGGCGGAAAGGAAGAAAUUGCGAAUCCAUCGUCUUUCACGUUGUCGUCUUGACUAUCGAGAAAAAGGAAUAAAGCCGGAUUUUAACGCAUGACCGACGCACUUUUCUCAUCGGAUUACUUCGACAAUAGUUUCGACAAUAGUUUAGUAUAGUAUCACUCGAAGACGUCUCGCUCGACUUAACGUAAAGCUUCACUCAAUUUCUUACGUUUUAAUAAUCGAGAUCUGCUCUCGUUGCUAUUGUUAUUAUAAAAGACAACGAAAAAUAGCGAAAAAAAAAAAGAGAAAAGAAGAAGAAGAAAAAAGUAAGAACAUAUCAUUGUGUCCUUCGUAAGAAUUUUAUUUGCUAGUCAAAAUUUACGUGCCGCACCUGCUACAACGUAAAAUUGCCAUAAAGCUGAUACCGGUUAUUGUGCAACCGGUGAGCGAAUAUUAUUUUUGAUACGUCCUAUACUCACGGCGUACUCCAUAUACGAAAAAAGGUCUCAAGCAACGGGGAGAACGUAAAUCAAACUCAAUCGGCCAUAAUAAGGAAGCUAGACGGAGAUGGAAAUCAGGCAUAUCGAUAACUCCCUUUUCGUAAAAUUGUCACACACAUUGCCCAAUAUUCCGAUUUUUUACAACAGGAAAAAUCAAGAAAAUUUUUUUAUCGAGGAAUCAACGUGCAACGUAAUAUUAGAGAUUAAUUUUUGUUUAAUGUAAAAAAAGGUGAAGUGAAAAAGCAUAGAAGACAAACGAAAUCCAUUGUAAUUUGAAGAAACGAUAAGGAGGUAUGUUGAAAACGAGCUCUCACGCUAGAAAUUCGACUCUUUGUUUCGAAAAGUUUGAACGAACUAUUUUCGCAUUUUGGUUUCUAGUACUCGCAUCUCGGGAUCUACAGACAAGAGGUAGUUCAAGAUCGUUAUUCUCGAUCGAUGACAUUACCGUAACUAAAAUCGAAAAAGUAUCUCGAAUACGACUCCUUGGAGUCGUAUCGAGAAUCGUUUCGAAUCUCGCGAGGGAACGAGAUUGCUAUUGGAAUUCGUUCUCAACCAAAGCUAGUUUUCGUUUGGUCCUCGCGACGAUGUAAGUUGUAACGAUCGUUCGUCUUGGAAAAUUGAUUUUGAAAAGUACGAAAAUAGAGCUACACGUUGAGAUCUUUUACGUUUGAAAAUCAAUGUUUCAAAGUAUCGAUAGGCCGAUUGAAAGGAAAAAAAAAAAGAAAAAAGAAAAAAGAAAAAGAAAAAGAAAAAGAAAAAAAAAGACAAGAAAAGAAAAAGAAGAAAGAAAAAGCUUAAUUCGUGUUAUUAGUUCUUCAAUCUACGAGGGAAAAUUUCAAUGUACGUCGAUAUUACAGCUAACCACGAAAUAGAAUAACGCGAUAAUUAAUGACAGACUUCGUUCAUGUCUCUCUUCUUCUCUACUCCUCCCAAUAUCUAACUAAAUGUGUAAUAAUGAUUAUUCGAGGUGAGCUUAAUGCGGAAUUUUAACCCGAAUGGACGACAAAACUUUCACCCUUUAAAAUUUUCACCCGAAUACGAAUGAGUUAUUUCUAAAAACUUUCUUUUCUCUCCUUCUCUCUCUCUCUCUCUCUCUCUCUCUCUCUCUCUCUCUCUCUCUCUUUCUCUCUUUCUCUCUUUCUCUCUCUUUAUAUUUCUCCGUAGAAAUUUACGAGGGUAAAACGCAAGAGUGUAAAAAAGCUGCUUCGGCUCGCGGCUAACGUUUGAAAUCCACUACGAGUACGCUUAGUUUCGUUCGAGGAACGAUGACAAAGUUUUUAUAUGUCUUCUCUCUCACCCCCAGGAAAAGAACGAUUUCUCGCGAAGAACGAUCAUAAAUUUCCAUUUGCGCCAUUUACCCCGAAUCCACGGGAUUGCCAUUGGCUAUCUAUAUAGGUUCUUAUUGAACGAUAAAUAUAGAAUGUCUCAAAAGCACCAGGAUUCGACGAUAGGAGUUCGGGCUUCUUCUCGGAUAAAACGUUGAGUUUAUAUCCUUUCUUAUCUCACCUUUAAUUCCAUCAUCGAUGUAGGUAAUCAUUUAUCCAGAUUUCUGUCACCAACUAUGAGAAUAGAUGAGAUAUCGAUGAUAUGGAACAAAAAAAAAAUACGUAUAGUAAUGAUAGAUAUAAUAUAUAUAUAUUCAUGUUACAAUUUCACUAACGACGACUCGUUCUAUCCGUUCUAUUAUACUAGUAAUAAAAAUAUGAAAUACAUUUUGCCAUAAUAUUGAUAUCAUCGUUAUCGUCUCUCGGCUUACUCGAAAGAAGUAGCAUUAUAAUAUUGCAAUAGCAAUAACGCUCAUGCGUACACAAUGGUGAAGAGUGAACGAUACCAGGACGUACGUACUUUCGAAAAUAGCAAAAGGGAAAGAAAGGGAGGGAAAGAGAGAAAGAGAGAGAGAGAGAGAGAGAGAGAGAGAGAGAGAGAGGAAAGAACCAACCGUGAAAGUUUUCCGAUCGAAUCGACGUAAAACUCUCGACGUAAAAGGCCGUUCAUAAAUGCGAACUUUCUCGAUUCGCUUUGUUACGCGUUUCUACUGUACCGCGUACGUUUCAUAACGUCGAAGGAACGACGGGGUGGUACAACGAUCCACGCUCACGACUACUCCAACUCUUCUUUACCAUUGGAAUAAGAGGACUCAUAGAAGGGUGAGGAUGCAUACCAACAAAGAGGAUAGUAAAGGAGAGCAGAGAGAGAGAGAGAAAGAGAUGUUGAGAGCGAAAACGAGGAGGAUGCCGACCCUCUCUUAUCGGGCGUCGAAUUGCUAAUCUUCGCUAAACUCAGCGAGCGGAAAUCCAGUUAAGUGGAUGUCGCGACAGUUACGGUAGUAUACUAAGAGACACGAGGAAAGGGACAGGGACACGGCGGUAUACGAGAUCGAAUUUCCUUUCGGACGUAGCAAAACUUGAGGGACAGUUUGGCACACGAUACUACACCACUACCACCAUCACCACCACUAUCCACCCCACGUCUGUUAUAAUCCGCCUUACUUCGUCCUUCCUUCACCCUUAUUACGAACCAUCUCUAUAGAUUCUUCCUAAUCUCCAUUCGCUUCUCUAAUUCGACUUUUAGUUCGAGUUAUAGUUAAUUCUGAUCAAGGAUCUUUCGUAUAAUC